CUCACCCAAUUUUACAAUUUGCAAAACCCAGAGAAUUAACCCUAACAAAUUAAGGAGAAGUAACAGCAGAACGGAAGAAAUGAUGCUGAGAACGCCACCACCUAGGAAACGACGGGCCGAUUACCGGCCUCCAGACGACGGUUCUCCAGCCGGCCGCCUUGUCAUCUACGAGGAUCAUUCUACGCCGCUACCCGAAUCAUCUCCUAAUCCUUCCGAUCAUUUGCUUUGCACCUACCAAUGCCGUCAAAUGGUCAAAGCAGAGCUUUUGGAUAAUUAUGCUAGUAUGGAGAAAUCAGCUAUUGAAAAUCAGUCCGAAAUAGAAGAAUUGAAUGAGAACCUUCUAAAAGCAGAAGCCGAAGGGAAGAAAUACCGAGAUCAAUUUCUGUAUGCUGAGCAGGAGCUUGCUGCUGCUAGAGGACGUGAGCAGUCACUGCAGGAGAAGCUUUUGAAGGAGAUCAAGGAAUCUCAGGAGCGACUAAUGAAGCAAAUACAACAAUGCAAUGAGCUGGAGGCUAAGCUCAAAAGAGAAGAAAGCAUGCGCAAUAGUUCAGAAUCUUCAGCAGCUGCUGCUGAAGAGAAAGCUAACCAUCUAGAGCGGAAACUAAACCAGCUUUUAGACAUUCCAGAGAGAGAAAAGAAGAACCUGCAAGAUGAACUCAAGUAUUUGAAAGAAGAUUCAAAGCUUUCCAUCUCUAGGUUAAGGGCUGAUCUGGAAAGAGCGCAAUGCCAAUCUAGUAAUGCUGUAAAGGAGUCAGAGCAAUUAAAGGAGAAGCUGGAAGACAUUAGCAUACAGCUCCAUAAGUGUUGGCAAGAGAAGAAUGAAUUGGAAACAAAAAUAACAAGCUUCACAUUUCCGGAGGAGGGUUCUACUUCUUCUCAGAAUGAUGUCUUAGUGAAGCAUUUGCAGGAGGAGCUAAGGAAUUAUGAGUCUGAAGUUCUUGAGGCAAGGAAGCUGAAAGCAUCUCAUGAGAACAUCGAGCUGUUGAAGGAGAAGUUCAAUGAAGAAAAAAGGCGCAGGGAGAGGGUCGAGGCUGAGCUAGCUAAGUUACAAGAGAUUCAGCGAAGUAUGAAUGUACUCGAGGAUGAAUUGACCUCUUGGAAGAAAGUCAUUAAAGACAUUCCUGGAGUUGAAUCUUCUGAUGAUAUCACCCUGAAGUUUGUUGCUCUGCAGAAGGAAGUGAUUGGCAGCAUGGCAAAGCUAGGAGAGGCAAAUGCACGCUUGAAACAACUAGAGGUAGCUCUGGAGGGUGCUCAGCUUGAUAGGAAGAAUGUUGAAUCUGAAACAGCAUUAGCUAAGGAGAAGGAAGAAUCCUUCAAGUUAGAUAUCAAGGAACUCAAUUUGAAACUUUUGUCAGUUAAUGAAGAAAGAGAUCAAUUAAGAACUGCUUUUGAUGAAUUGAAGCAGCAGACAAAUAUAGAACCUGGUAAUGAAGUUGUCGGGAGAGCCUUAGUUCAGGGGCUUGAAUCAUGUCUUGCCCAGAAAGAUAACUAUAUCAAAGAGUUGGAGGUCAAUCUUAGUGAACAAAAGGCUGCCAAUGAUCGACAUCACAAUGAAAUUAGGAUGCUGAAUGAGAAGCUAAACGAUGAAGCUAGAAGAUUAAAGUCCUUGGAGAGAGAGGGGGAUCAACUUCGUUCCGAGAUUGCUCUGUUGGAGUCCAAAUUAGGGCAUGGUGAUUUUUCCGCUGCUAAUACAAAAGUUCUGCGAAUGGUGAAUGCUUUGGGGGUUGAAACUGAGGCUAGGCAAACUAUAGAUGCCUUACAAUGUGAACUUCAGAAGGCCAAUGAAAAACUUAAGGUUGUAGAAGAAUUAAAGAAACAAUCAGCUGAUGCGGGGCAGCUAGUGGACUCAUAUAUUUCUGGUAAAAUAGUGCAGUUGAAAGAGCAAAUAGCAACACUUGAAAAGCGUGAGGAAAGGUACAAGACUGUAUUUGCUGAGAAAAUCUCAGUGUUCAGGAGGGCAUGCUGUGAACUUUUUGGGUACAAGAUUGUAAUGGAUGAUCAACAACGUCCAAAUGGGAUUCCUAUAACCCGUUUCACACUUCAAUCUAUCUAUGCUCAAAGUGAUGACGAGAAGCUGGAAUUCGAAUAUGAGUCGGGUAACACAAACAUUUUGGUUAAUGACUACGCAAAGCAGCGUGACAUAUCACAACAGGUUGAGAUAUUUGUCCAAAAGCUCAACUCAAUUCCAGCCUUUACAGCCAACUUAACUGUAGAAUCAUUCAAUAGGCGUACUUUGUCCUGAUGUAAGCCAAUUCUCUAAAUUUUAUAUUUUACUCGUGAUAUGUGUAAAAAAAAUGAGUGAAUGCUCUGAAUUCAUCAUAGUAUUUGAAGCUCGUCUCACAUUCUUUCUUUGGCUUAUCCCUUUUAUUGCCAAAUCUUAAAAAGAAAGUUGCAUUUACGGGUUGAAAAGGCAAGACGUAUAACAUUGGAAUAAGGAACGUGAUACGCUUCGGAGCUAUGGUUGUGGAUUCUGUUCAGUGAAUGUAGUAUAUGGCAGAGUAUCACAAUAACAAUACUGUGCAAUUUUAUUAUGCUGUUGUAUUGCUCCUCCUGCUAAGGAAAUCUAAUAUGAAGAAGUCUGUGCAUGUAUAAUUGUACAGAACAUGUAUCUUGACUUACCAUUAUGUAGUAUUGUCCAUAUGUCGACCAUAUUCACAUGCAAUGUGAAAACCCCAAUUUUACUAGA